UAGAGGCGUGGCUUAUUUCAGGGAAUGAACAAAAAGCCAGUUCCAUUCAUAGAUACAUUAAGACGAACCAUUUUCCUGAGAAGAAAAAAAAAUAAACAAGCCAGUUAACUUUACCUGUGCCUGCAACCUGCGCAGCCACGAUGCUGAGUCGUAUCCAGCUGAUUGCACUCGCCUGCGUGACCCUCAUCGCUCGCUGUGCGGCGGAGAAGUUGUUCCACAGCAGAGAUCACUCCGAUGUCGAGAUUCCAGCGGCUCAUCAACCCGAGCUUAUUAUCGACCAAGACGCUGCACAGCAAUUUCUUAAAAAAUAUGGGUUUACAAAGCCAGUCAACUGGGAAGAAAUGCAAUACGAGAGUGCACCUGUCCCUGUCGAUGAUGACCCGGCUCCCCUGGACAUCAUGUCCCUGAUCCGAGAAGGGGACGUGUUGACCCGAACCGGAGAGGACAGUGCCCCUGAGGACUCCACACUGAACCCAGAGUACAUCAACGCUCUGAAAGAGUUCCAGAAGAUGUACAACCUACCCGUCACAGGAGAGCUCGAUGACACCACCAAGGCUGCAAUGAAUAAACCAAGGUGUGGAGUCCCAGACAAGGAGGCCAAUGACACUAGCAUGGUCAAUGGGACGUCCAGUGAUCUCAAUGAGACACACCACAAUAGCACUGCAGGCAGUGACGCUCAGAGUUUGAAUCACACCCAGGGUGGCAAUGCCACAGCAGACUCCACGGAGCCAGUCCGGAGGAAGCGGUUUCUAGAAACUCUCUUGGUCAGAAAGAGGAAGAAACGGGCAGUGGACGACAUGUUCGGCUUAACAGGGCAGAUGGCCUUUUCCAAGAAAAUGCUGAAAUGGAGGCUCAUCGGAGAAGGCUACAGCAGCCAGCUGUCCAUUGACGAACAGAGAUAUAUCUUCAGGCUAGCGUUCAGGAUGUGGAGCGAGAUCUGCCCAUUGGAAUUUGAGGAGGAUAACUCCUCACCAUUAGCAAUGAUCGAUAUGAGACUGGGCUUUGGGACAGGGCGACACUUGGGCUGCACACAGACGUUUGAUGGGGCUGGUCGUGAGUUUGCCCACGCCUGGUACCUUGGAGACAUUCACUUUGAUGAUGACGAGCAUUUCACUGCUCCCAACAGCGACAAUGGAAUCAGUUUGCUCAAAGUUGCAGUUCAUGAGAUUGGACACGUUUUGGGAUUACCACACAUCUACAGGACUGGGUCCAUCAUGCAGCCUAGUUAUAUCCCCCAGGAUUCAGACUUCGAAAUCGACUGGCUGGACAGGAAAGCUAUCCAGCAUCUUUAUGGUGGGUGUGUAGGUCCCUUUAGCACUGUGUUCGACUGGAUCCGGAAAGAGAGAACCCCAUACGGUGAACUGGUGGUCCGGUUUAACACAUACUUCCUCCGUGACAGCUGGUACUGGCUGUACGAGAACCGCAACAACAGGACCCGUUACGGGGACCCCAUCGCUCUGCAAGUAGGCUGGCAUGGCAUCCCCUCGGAUGGCAUCGAUGGGUUUGCCCACGUGUGGACCUGGAGAAUUGAUGCUGUCUACUUCUUUAAAGGCACUCAGUACUGGAGGUACGACAGCGAGAACGAUCAAGCGUACACAGAAGACCCUGAAGGACACAAAUACCCCCGGCUGAUAUCUGAAGGGUUCCCCGGCAUCCCCAGCCCCAUUGACACAGUCUUCUACGAUAGGAGAGACUACAAAAUGUACUUCUUCAAAGACUCACUGGUGCAUGCCUUCGAUGUGAACAAAAACCAGAAAGACAGCGGCUUUCCCAAGAGAAUCACAGACGUGUUCCCAGCCGUGGUGCCCAAUGACCACCCUGCUGGAAACCUGGAUGCUGUGUAUUUCUCUUACACCCACAACUCUGUCUUCUUCUUCAAGGGCAUGUACUUCUGGAAGGUUGUCGACAACCCAGACAGGCUUAAAAACCCAUCCUUGCCCUACAACGGGCUCAUGCCUCGUCAAAAUGUGGCUAACCAGUGGUACGACAUUUGCAACGUGCACUCUUCAGUGUUAAAAAUUAAGUCCUAGAGCCUAGAAGCUGGGAUAUUUUAAUGACGGGUGUAAAUGUAGCAUUUACUGAAGAAAUUCAAAGAGAUUUUAUAUACUGUAUAUAGGAGUACAAGGGCUAUGCAGAACAUUGUAAUGACUUUCUCUUUAAUAAAAAGAACCCACAAUUACAGCACAUGUUCUGACCAAAAGUCCCAUUAAA